GCGCUGCCGUUCCGGCACUUCAUCCAUCGAAUCGGCGGCAGGAACGGCUCCACCAGAGACCAGCGGCGGCUCGUCUUGACCGGUGACCCAUGGCGGGCGAGGGGGAGGAGGACGAGGCGGCGGCGGUCGAGCUGCAGCUGGAGCAGCACCUGGAGGAGCAGCGGUCCUCCCUCGCCGCCGUUGACGAGGCCCUCGCCGCCGACGCCUCCAACGCGGACCUCCUCGAGGUGCACGAGGAACUGCUUGCUGCGAUUAAGGAUGCAGAGGAGGGACUUUUGCAUUUGAAGCGUUCUAGGCUAGUGAAGCAAAUUGACGAGACCUUUCCAAAUCAGGGGUCAGCAUCGCAAGCGAUAGAAGUUGCUGUUGAGCCAAUAGAUCCAGAUGAUGUUGAGCCAGAACCAUUGGCGCCACAGGAAUUUCCAGUUGGAUCUAAGUGUAGAUUCAGGCACAAUGAUGGGCGUUGGUAUAAUGGAUGUGUUAUAGGACUUGAAGGUUCAAGUGAUGCAAGGGUCUCUUUUCUGACACCCACAUCAGAAAACAUGUCGAUGUGCAAGUUCUUUCUACAGCAACGGUGUCGGUUUGGUAGUAACUGCCGAUUGUCCCAUGGUAUUGUAAUUUCUACUUCAUCCUUGAAGCGGUUUACUCCAACUAGAUGGGAGCAGUCCUUGGCAGGAUCCAACAUACUAGCAGCUUCUGGGCAUCAUUCUGGCCUUUGGAGGAGAGCUGAACUUGAGUCGUGGGAUGAUGAUUCGAAGCUUGGUCAGGUUGUCUUUCAAGAUGAUGGGAGCACUGCGAGGCUUCCAGGUGAUUCUCUUUCUAUCCCAGAAUAUGCUGAUGUGAGCGAUGAAGAUGAUGAAGGAGGCUCAAGCGAGGGAGAAUCGGACUUUAGUGAAGAUGGUGAUAAGGAGGAUGAAUCCAUUCAUCGGGGUGUUGGCCUUGUGGAAUCCACAAAUUCAAGUGGUGUUCAGUCAGAGACUGUGAUCUUUGCAAAGUGGGAGCAGCACACAAGAGGCGUUGCCUCCAAAAUGAUGGCGAGAAUGGGGUAUCGAGAAGGAAUGGGGCUAGGUGUGUCUGGCCAAGGCAUGGUUGAUCCGAUCCCAGUAAAGGUAUUACCCCCUAAGCAAUCGCUUGACCAUGCAGUGGCUGCAACUACAAAGGAGGAUGGCAAAAGUAUAGGCCGUGAUAAAAAGCGCAGUCGGGGUGGGAAAAGGAAGCGUGACAAGAAGUUUGCAGAACUGGCCAGGGCUGCUAAAGUUGAAGAAGAAGAGAGGUCUGUCUUCAGCUUCAUGAACAGUCAGCUAGUAAACCAAGAUGUUACUGAUGGCUCAGCCAACAAAGCUAGAAAAGAGUCAUCAGGUCAGGCCAGCGGGCAUGCUAAGAAGGAGGACAGAAGAUCCCUGCUCGCAUACGACGACGAAGUGAAAGAUUUGAAGAGUCAGGUUGGGAAGCUGGAAGAAAUGGUGAAACGAAACCGCAAGGACAAGGCUGUGCACGAUGCUGCUUCCAGAAAACUGGAACAGACACGGAAGGCACUUGCUGACGCUGAAGCAACGCAUGCUUCAGCAACCAAUGCGGUUACUAGAAAGGAGAAAGAGAAGAAAUGGUUAAAAUUCUGACACCAAUUUCAUGUGCCGGUACUUUACCUACUACACAUCUAUGUUGGCCAUGCAUGGAGCUUAAGAUUGUUUGCUUCCUUCAGCUCUUACUGUGUCCCUGUAUGGCUUCAGUGUUUUUAUCGAAGCUGUGUUGUAGUAAGAGGCAGAAGAUUAAGGAUGUGAUGUCUAGUUAGAGGAGUUUUCGGUACGGCCCAUUAGAACCAUCCUGUAAUAGCCAUCUGAACUCACAAACAUCUGGAUAAUUGGCCUGCUCAUAUCUGUUGGAUGAAUGCUUUGCCUGUUCUGCAGUGUAUGAAAUUGAGUACAUGAUUGUGUUGUAAA